AUGGCAAAUACUCUGUCACUGCUGCUACUUCUACUGUUAUUACAUGGUCACUUUCUUCCAGCAACAGUGCAAAUAUGUGAUCUGGUAGGUCAAUCUGCUUUGCCUGUACUGUCUGCAGAAAGAGAUAUCAACAUUGGAGCAAUUUUCUCAAUUCAUAGGAAUGCUUUGCUAAGGCUGUAUCCUUUUACUUCCAAACCAGAGCCAACAACAUGUGUCAGGUUAAACUUGCGUGAAUUUAAAUUUGCCCAGACAUUUAUUUUUGCUAUUGAGGAAAUAAAUAACAACACACAGUUGUUACCUGGAGUUACUUUGGGUUAUAAAAUCUAUGAUGCCUGUAAUGCAAUUUCUCCGACUCUUGUCUCAGGCAUGGCUUUAAUAAAUGGCUAUGAAAAUACUUUGAGUGAUACAUCCUGCUCUCAGCCACCUGCUGUUCAGGCUAUAGUUGGAGAAUCAUCAUCCAGUCCCACAACGGCCUUGGCUGCUUUAGUUGGUCCAUUUAACAUACCCGUUAUCAGUCAUUUUGCAACAUGUGCAUGUCUGAGUAACAGGAAAAGAUAUCCCUCCUUCUUCAGAACUAUACCGAGUGACUAUUACCAAAGCAGAGCACUGGCUCAGCUUGUCAAGCACUUUGGCUGGACCUGGGUUGGGACAGUCAGGAGUCGCAGUGACUAUGGUAAUAAUGGCAUCACAGCAUUCGAGGAUGCAGCAAAACAAGAAGGGAUUUGCAUUGAGUACUCAGAGGCCAUAUUAAGAACUGAUCCACAAGAACAGUUUCGAAAGACAGUGGAAGUGAUCAAAAAGGGCACAUCCAAGGUGGUGGUAGCCUUUAUUUCAUUCGGAGAUUUUGCUCCCCUUGUAAAAGUAAUUGCAGAAAACAACAUCACAGGACUGCAGUGGGUUGGCAGUGAAUCUUGGAUAACAUCUCGAAAUCUUGCAGAAACAAAGGAAUACAGUUUCCUUUCUGGAGCUGUGGGCUUUGCCAUUGUAAAUGCCAAACUUGUAGGUUUAAAAGAGUUCCUGGUAAAUGUGCACCCAGAUCAAGAACCAAAAAACAAGCUUUUAAAAGAAUUUUGGGAAACAGCUUUUCAGUGUUCUUUCAGCAACAGUGACAGUGCUCUAUGUACUGGUUCUGAGAAACUUGGAGAGUUGAAGAAUGAAUAUACUGAUGUAUCAGAGCUACGGAUAGAACACAAAGCGUAUGCUGCAGUGUAUGCAGUUGCACACACACUGCAUAAUGUUUUUAAAGAUGUAAAAGCCCCCAACAACAGCAAAAGAGAGCUACCCACACCACAAAAGGUAUUGCAGUAUAUGAGAAAUCUGAGUUUCACAAUAAAAACAGGUGAGAACAUCUUCUUUGAUGCAAGUGGAGAUCCAGUGGCAAGAUAUGACCUUGUGAAUUGGCAGACUGCUGAGGAUGGAAGUCUGCAGUUUAAGCAUGUGGGCAUCUAUGACAGCUCACUGCCUUCAAAGCAACGUCUACAAGUCAAUCAGGAAAUCAUGCUGUGGGCAGGGAAAAGUGGAUUGUUACCAUUGUCCGUGUGCACUGAGAGCUGUCUCCCAGGAACUAGAAAGGCUGUACAAAAAGGACGCCCUGUCUGCUGUUAUGACUGUAUUCCAUGUGCAGAGGGAGAAAUCAGUAACAGCACAGAUUCUAGUGACUGCUUUUCAUGUGAUUUGGAGUACUGGUCAAAUGAAAAGAAAGACAGAUGUAUAUUAAAAGUGGUUGAAUUCCUUUCAUAUGCAGAAAUCAUGGGGAUAAUUCUUUGUAUUGUCUCUUUCAUUGGGUUGCUAUUAACAGUAAUGGUAACUUGUCUGUUCUAUCUUCAUAAAGAAACACCUAUUGUCAGAGCCAACAACUCAGAGCUGAGCUUUUUGCUGCUCUUCUCACUCUCACUGUGUUUUCUCUGUUCACUCACAUUCAUUGGUCGUCCCACUCAGUGGUCCUGUAUGUUGCGUCACACAGCAUUUGGGAUCACGUUUAUCCUCUGUAUUUCCUGUGUUCUGGGGAAAACAAUAGUGGUGUUGAUGGCAUUCCGAGCUACACUUCCAGGCAGUAAUGUCAUGAAAUGGUUUGGGCCUCUUCAACAAAGACUCAGUGUUGUUUCCUUAACAUUAGUACAGGUUAUUGUCUGUUUGCUUUGGUUAACAUUAUCUCCUCCUUACCCAUAUAUGAAUUUGAGCUAUUACAGAGAAAAGAUCAUCCUUGAAUGUAACUUAGGUUCAGCAUUCGGUUUCUGGGCUGUUCUGGGUUAUACUGGUUUGCUAUCAACCUUGUGUUUUGUUUUAGCUUUUCUUGCUCGAAAACUCCCGGAUAACUUUAACGAAGCGAAGUUCAUUACAUUUAGUAUGCUCAUAUUCUGUGCUGUCUGGCUUACAUUUAUUCCAGCAUAUGUAAGUUCUCCUGGAAAGUAUACAGUAGCUGUGGAGAUCUUUGCCAUUUUAGUUUCAAGUUUUGGUUUACUAUUUUGCAUAUUUGCUCCAAAGUGUUACAUCAUUUUGCUGAAACCAGAAAAAAACACAAAGAAACAAAUGAUGGGUAAACUUUAA